AAUAAUGUGUUGAAGUCAAAAACUGAUAUUGGGGAAGUUGAAGAGCAAAUUACAGGAAAGGAAUAAAAUUAAAAGCCAACCAAUACAAUAUGUAUGGACCAUGUUACACCUAUACUCCUGAAGGAAGUAAAAUAGCAUCAAGAUCUCACGGCUUGAUGUCAGAUACUGAGGAUGCAGAUAUUCCUGCAUGUGCUGAUAUUUGGAUUAUAAUAUCAUUUAAGGUCGAAUUAAGUUAGGGAUGUAAAAUUUCGAUUAUAUUUGAGUUAUUAAACAUUAAAUCAGAAUCAGCAGAAUGGGAAGUUUGCUCAAAGAAAUUUGAUGUUUAUAAAGAAAAUCCAAAAGAGUCUUAUUAUUUAUAUGAAGAAAUUUUUAGCAUUAAAUUAAAGUCUUGAU